AUGGUAGAAUCGGGCACCAUCAGCCGUACCAGCCCGGGUUCGGCAUCGAUCGUGGCUACUGGGGGCGUACGGAGCGGCAUCCUCGAGACGCGUGUACGUGGCGCUUGGUAUCGCGUAUCGGUCAGCCUGGAAACGGAAUAUAUUUCCGUCAGCCUGGAUGAAGCGUGCGAACCGAUCGAUCACUCCACCACACUGAACGGCACAUUAGGGAGCAACCACAGCGGUAACAAUGGCUCGAACAAUUCUUCCCAACCGUCGUCGGCGGGCGCUUCCGGGCCAUCGAUCCACUCGUCGGAAAACCUGAGCACCGGCCUGAACGCGUCCACACCGCUGACAGCAAACGGCAGCGUCAGCCUACCGAACGGGAUCGUGCCCGGGCCGGGGCCGGGCUUGCCGGGCGGUGGCUUAAAUGGCGAUAAUUUCCUCAACAACAACAGCGGCAGUGGGGGCGGUGGAAGCAACGGGACCGGCACUGGUACGAGCAACGCAAGCAGCACGAACGGUACUAAUGGCAACACCCACAGCAACGGACCGGGUGCCAACAACAACCACAGCAGCAACAACAACAGCAUCGACAACGGCAUCGCCGAGAUCUGUGACGUGCCGGACUCGGUGGCGAACCAGAAACGACAUGUGCGAGUCAUCAAAUCGGACAACAACGGGCUCGGCAUCUCGAUCAAGGGCGGACGGGAAAACCGGAUGCCGAUACUGAUCUCGAAAAUAUUUCGCGGCAUGGCGGCAGACAACGCGAAAGGGCUGUACGUUGGUGACGCCAUCCUGUCCGUCAAUGGGGAGGAUCUGCGGGACGCGACGCACGAGGAAGCGGUACGGGCGCUCAAACGGGCCGGCCGCGUUGUCGAUCUUGAAGUGAAAUUCCUGCGUGAAGUCACACCCUAUUUCCGGAAGGCAAGCAUCAUCUCGGAGGUGGGCUGGGAACUGCAGCGAGCCUUCCUGUGUCCGCUCGGUCCUAACGCUUCCUCACCGCCCGGUGUUGCUCCGCGUAGCCCACCGCGGGCCGAUACGCGAUACAUCCCCCUGCAACUAACACAUUUGGCACGCAAUCUCAAAUACCACGACCCUGAGAACCGCUGCAUAGAGCUCCACUCACCGGAUGGCAUCCAUUCGUGCAUCUUGCGAGCGAUGGAUCCCCAGGAAGCGACCACAUGGUUUAACGCGCUGCACUCCGCCAUCGGCAAGAGCACUCAGAAGGCGCUGCUGGAUGCCAACCGGGCACUGGUAUCGAUCAUCGGCGAGCUGAAGCAUAUCGGUUGGCUGAGUCGGCGGAGCGGUGGUGAACCGAAUGGACGCUCCAGCUCGGAGAGCUCCGACGAACUGGACAAAUGGCAAUCGAUUUUCGUUGCAGUAACCGAUCGAGAGCUGCGCUUGUACGAAAGCGCACCAUGGUCGGUGGAAGCGUGGAGCAGACCGUUCGAAAGCUGUCCCCUGGUGGCCACUCGGUUAGCCGGUGCUGGCAACACAUCAACCGUCGGUUCCAACUCGAGCACACAUUCGAGCGUAUUCUGCAUCCGGUGCGGUACGACACGGGGCGUCGUUAGCCAUUGGUUACGGUCGGAGACGAACCGGGAUAUGGCGGCGUGGGCCCGCGUAUUGGUGCAGGGCUGCCAUAAUGCCAUCAUCUGUCAGCGAGAGUUUUCCUUCCGUUGCCUAUUUCAGGGACGUCCUUGUCAAUUAAUCGUACACCUGGACCGUGGAUUUACGCUGCUAGACAGUGGGCUCGGUCCCGCUUCGAAAGCCCUCUGGACGUUCCCGUUCGACAAGCUGAAAGGUUCGGCCGACGAUGGUAAUAAGCUGCUGUACCUCGACUUCACCGGCACGGAGGAUGGUGCGGAACUCGAACUGGACAUGGAGUGCUGUCCCAAGCCGGUUGUAUUCGUGCUCCACAACUGUCUGUCGGCGAAGGUACACUCACUGGCAUAA